AUGAAACUCAUAAAAGUUCUGAACAAAUCGCAUGCUGACUUUAUACUGCUUCAACUCAACGUGUUAAUCGGAAUUAGCAUAAAAACCGCUGGAUAUAGAUAUUCACGAGAAACAUGGAUUAAAGGUAGAGCGGAGGACGGGCGUAAUGAGUGCUUGAUCUGUGGUUUUGAGGUUGGUGAUGGUGGCUUGGGCAAUGCUUGUGUGCGAGUUGAUUUUGAGGUUGGUGAUGGUGGCUUGGGCAAUGCUUGUGUGCGAGUUGAUUUUGAGGUUGGUGAUGGUGGCUUGGGCAAUGCUUGUGUGCGAGUUGAUUUUGAGGUUGGUGAUGGUGGCUUGGGCAAUGCUUGUGUGCGAGUUGAUUUUGAGGUUGGUGAUGGUGGCUUGGGCAAUGCUUGUGUGCGAGUUGAUUUUGAGGUUGGUGAUGGUGGCUUGGGCAAUGCUUGUGUGCGAGUUGAUUUUGAGGUUGGUGAUGGUGGCUUGGGCAAUGCUUGUGUGCGAGUUGAUUUUGAGGUUGGUGAUGGUGGCUUGGGCAAUGCUUGUGUGCGAGUUGAUUUUGAGGUUGGUGAUGGUGGCUUGGGCAAUGCUUGUGUGCGAGUUGAUUUUGAGGUUGGUGAUGGUGGCUUGGGCAAUGCUUGUGUGCGAGUUGAUUUUGAGGUUGGUGAUGGUGGCUUGGGCAAUGCUUGUGUGCGAGUUGAUUUUGAGGUUGGUGAUGGUGGCUUGGGCAAUGCUUGUGUGCGAGUUGAUUUUGAGGUUGGUGAUGGUGGCUUGGGCAAUGCUUGUGUGCGAGUUGAUUUUGAGGUUGGUGAUGGUGGCUUGGGCAAUGCUUGUGUGCGAGUUGAUUUUGAGGUUGGUGAUGGUGGCUUGGGCAAUGCUUGUGUGCGAGUUGAUUUUGAGGUUGGUGAUGGUGGCUUGGGCAAUGCUUGUGUGCGAGUUGAUUUUGAGGUUGGUGAUGGUGGCUUGGGCAAUGCUUGUGUGCGAGUUGAUUUUGAGGUUGGUGAUGGUGGCUUGGGCAAUGCUUGUGUGCGAGUUGAUUUUGAGGUUGGUGAUGGUGGCUUGGGCAAUGCUUGUGUGCGAGUUGAUUUUGAGGUUGGUGAUGGUGGCUUGGGCAAUGCUUGUGUGCGAGUUGAUUUUGAGGUUGGUGAUGGUGGCUUGGGCAAUGCUUGUGUGCGAGUUGAUUUUGAGGUUGGUGAUGGUGGCUUGGGCAAUGCUUGUGUGCGAGUUGAUUUUGAGGUUGGUGAUGGUGGCUUGGGCAAUGCUUGUGUGCGAGUUGAUUUUGAGGUUGGUGAUGGUGGCUUGGGCAAUGCUUGUGUGCGAGUUGAUUUUGAGGUUGGUGAUGGUGGCUUGGGCAAUGCUUGUGUGCGAGUUGAUUUUGAGGUUGGUGAUGGUGGCUUGGGCAAUGCUUGUGUGCGAGUUGAUUUUGAGGUUGGUGAUGGUGGCUUGGGCAAUGCUUGUGUGCGAGUUGAUUUUGAGGUUGGUGAUGGUGGCUUGGGCAAUGCUUGUGUGCGAGUUGAUUUUGAGGUUGGUGAUGGUGGCUUGGGCAAUGCUUGUGUGCGAGUUGAUUUUGAGGUUGGUGAUGGUGGCUUGGGCAAUGCUUGUGUGCGAGUUGAUUUUGAGGUUGGUGAUGGUGGCUUGGGCAAUGCUUGUGUGCGAGUUGAUUUUGAGGUUGGUGAUGGUGGCUUGGGCAAUGCUUGUGUGCGAGUUGAUUUUGAGGUUGGUGAUGGUGGCUUGGGCAAUGCUUGUGUGCGAGUUGAUUUUGAGGUUGGUGAUGGUGGCUUGGGCAAUGCUUGUGUGCGAGUUGAUUUUGAGGUUGGUGAUGGUGGCUUGGGCAAUGCUUGUGUGCGAGUUGAUUUUGAGGUUGGUGAUGGUGGCUUGGGCAAUGCUUGUGUGCGAGUUGAUUUUGAGGUUGGUGAUGGUGGCUUGGGCAAUGCUUGUGUGCGAGUUGAUUUUGAGGUUGGUGAUGGUGGCUUGGGCAAUGCUUGUGUGCGAGUUGAUUUUGAGGUUGGUGAUGGUGGCUUGGGCAAUGCUUGUGUGCGAGUUGAUUUUGAGGUUGGUGAUGGUGGCUUGGGCAAUGCUUGUGUGCGAGUUGAUUUUGAGGUUGGUGAUGGUGGCUUGGGCAAUGCUUGUGUGCGAGUUGAUUUUGAGGUUGGUGAUGGUGGCUUGGGCAAUGCUUGUGUGCGAGUUGAUUUUGAGGUUGGUGAUGGUGGCUUGGGCAAUGCUUGUGUGCGAGUUGAUUUUGAGGUUGGUGAUGGUGGCUUGGGCAAUGCUUGUGUGCGAGUUGAUUUUGAGGUUGGUGAUGGUGGCUUGGGCAAUGCUUGUGUGCGAGUUGAUUUUGAGGUUGGUGAUGGUGGCUUGGGCAAUGCUUGUGUGCGAGUUGAUUUUGAGGUUGGUGAUGGUGGCUUGGGCAAUGCUUGUGUGCGAGUUGAUUUUGAGGUUGGUGAUGGUGGCUUGGGCAAUGCUUGUGUGCGAGUUGAUUUUGAGGUUGGUGAUGGUGGCUUGGGCAAUGCUUGUGUGCGAGUUGAUUUUGAGGUUGGUGAUGGUGGCUUGGGCAAUGCUUGUGUGCGAGUUGAUUUUGAGGUUGGUGAUGGUGGCUUGGGCAAUGCUUGUGUGCGAGUUGAUUUUGAGGUUGGUGAUGGUGGCUUGGGCAAUGCUUGUGUGCGAGUUGAUUUUGAGGUUGGUGAUGGUGGCUUGGGCAAUGCUUGUGUGCGAGUUGAUUUUGAGGUUGGUGAUGGUGGCUUGGGCAAUGCUUGUGUGCGAGUUGAUUUUGAGGUUGGUGAUGGUGGCUUGGGCAAUGCUUGUGUGCGAGUUGAUUUUGAGGUUGGUGAUGGUGGCUUGGGCAAUGCAUGUGUGCGUGUGUAUACAUUGAGGAAAUGGAAAAUGCUAAAGGUAAACGGUGCCGCAUUUGUGUGUUGUACACGGAUUUGCUCAUUUUAA